UCAAUUGCAAUAGAAGAAGGUCGAUCUAUCGGCGUCAAUUUUCUGUUGUUCGGUAACGCGAUAUCAACAGAAUUAUUGCAUUUUUUUCAGAUAAUUAGUGAUUUUCACCCAGCUAUGAGUAUCAUGUUGGGGAAUAAAUCCCUGCCGAACGGCGUUGAUCCAGCUCGAGAAUAUGAAUUCAGCGACAGUGAGGAUAUUCGAGACAAACGGACAACUGCACCACAAGAAUCAGAUGAAGAUACUGAGGAUGCUAGUGAAACAGAUGCUGCUAAGCUUGAAGAGGAGUACACGGAGAUGAAAGAAAUGAUUUACAAAGAGAAAUUGGCAACAUUGAAGAAACAACUUCAGCAAGUCAUGGAUGGAACACACCCUGAACUCAACAAAAAACUCAAGAAGAUGGAGCAACAAUUCAAAGAGCGUUUACGCAUGGCAGAGAUUGCUAAGCAAGUGGAGAUGGAGCUUGUGGAAAGAGAAUAUCUAAAGGAUCAGAAAAAUGCUGGCAAGGACUUUGAGUUAAAGAAAGUUGAUCUCAUGGAGACUCUGUUACUAGAUCUUGAUGAUAGGAGGAGGAUGAUAGAGAUUGAACAUCAGUCGAUGGAGCUAACAGGAGAUUCGAUGGAGAUUAAACCAGUUAUCACAAGGAAACUACGGCGGAGACCAAACGACCCUAUUCCACUUCCAGAAAAGAGAAGAAAGCCUACUCCUGGUCAGUUCUGCUAUACUUUAAACGACGAUGAGAUUGCAGCUGAUCUCAAGGCCCUUACUAAGACCAAGAGUGGGACCACCAAGAAAUCAGGGUCCAUGCGGAAAUCAGCAGAGAAGUCGUCACCAUGGAAGCCUAAAUCCUCGUGGAAACCGAAGACUAGCAUGAAAUCUCACUCCAACCACGGCCAUCACAACCACGGCAGCAGCAGUGGAGCAGCAAGCAACAUUACCGGUAGCACAACCACCGGCAGCACUACCACUGCCACUGGCAGCACCAACACUACCACAACUUCUAGUGGUAGCCACUCUGCAGGGAGCAACAGCAACCACAAGUACAAUGUCCGGAUCGAGGAUGGGAAACUGUUCUAUGAGAAACGGUGGUUCCACAGGGGCCAGAAUGUCUAUGUGGAGUCAAAGGAUAUGGGCAAAGUCAGCGCAAUUGUUACCUCCAUCGGCCAGAUUGAGAUAUGGGUGAAGAAGACCCUCGACAAUCAGAAGAUGAGGAUCUAUGUCACUCAGAUGCAGAAAGGAAAAUACAAGAUCAGGAAACGUUCUACAUAACCAUUUUUUGAUACUGUGUGAAUGAUGUACUAUAUUGUAAAUAUCAGUGUGGUUUAUAUCUAAGGGUCUGUCCUUACUGCCUCUGUACUGGGAAUUGAACACAAAAUAUUGUUCACUCAACCAGAAUGGUGCUAAAGUUGAGAUGCUGUUUAACAAAAUCCUAAAUUUUCUGGGGGUAAAAAUGGAAAUUUGGAAAUUCUGCCUGACUGCAAGUUGCUUUUGAUAAACACCCCCAAAAGACCAAUAAAGAUUUGACUAAAAUUAUGAAAAAAAAUAUCCAAGUUAGGAAAUUUUGAUUAUGUUAGAAACAUGAGACCAGCUACCAAUAUACCAUGCAAUAUUGCUUCCAGAAAUUCCCAUCCUUUAAUGAUUCAUGACCAUAAUUUUCUCCUAGAAGCAUGUAAGAAAUAGUAGGUCUGAUGAUAUAUUGAAUAUGCAGAUGAAAUCAUUUUCAAUCAUAUGAGAAAGUGUAAUUUAAUAGAUUUAUGUAAUAUGACAUAUGGAGGAGCAGUUCGCAUGGUUUUUUGCAUGUUUUUUUUGGUGACAUUAUGUCACCAGAUAAAAACCCCCACAAAGUUUUUAAAAAACCCACAGCUCUGUUAAUCUUUGAUAGAUUUUGCUAAAGCCCUUCAAUAUGUUAUCUUUGUCUCAUUUUCUGCUUUCAUCAGACCCAACUUGUUUUCAGGAUGAGCUUUUCUUUUGCAAAAUGAGAAGUCAAUGUUCUUUUAGUGCUCCUAUUCAGUUUUGAACAUGGAUGAAAUAUAAUUGAUAGAAGUGAAAGCUCUUUCAUCGUGUAUGACAAGGAUGUUUUAUAGUAUCAUAUUUAUUUUGAGGUCUAGUUUCAGAAUCAUUGAAAGAGACAAUAGAAACAGCUACAUUUGUACAUUACUGGUAUAAUUUGGCAGAAUAACAAUGACCUCCAAUUCUGGUUUGAUAUUAAAUUAAUUGAAGCCUGUCUAAAGUUGUGGCAAAGAGAUUCAACAAGGUGAAUUGAAUUAUUUUAGCAUUCAAAUCUUGAAUAUUCUAUGGACGAGUAAUGUUAUUUUUCAAUCAAUUUUUAUUACCCCUUCCGUUUCCUCUCUCCACUCUUUCUCCAUCUCUCAUUAUCACCCAUCUCUAUUCCAACCUUCUUUUCUAUUUUCCUCCCCAUCAGACUUUCUCUUCCUUGAAUAUUCUUAACAAUGUCAUCAUCAGCAUAGAAAUAAGUGUCAUUUUUAUUUGAUAUCUCAUUAUUUUUACAUGGUGUUUUUGAACAGUUUCACUGCAGUUGACCAAUAAGACUGUAUCGUGCUUAGAAAUUCUGCCUGAGACAGCAACAACCACAAACAACAACCAAACAUUUCUUGGGGAGAAAAAGGAAAUAAAAAGCAGAACAUUACCCUGAAACGACUUGUGGUUGGGGCUGAUUCAUUCUUUUGAGAUAACUUCAUAAUGCAAAGAGUUUAUCCCACCAUGGCCUAGCGUCCUUUGGCAAGGCAUCAAUCCACACUUUGCCA